UUCUUCUUAAGAGUAGUCGUGUUCGUUCAUCAAUAUAUAUAUAAUCGACUUUGUUUCUUGGUUCCAUCAGUACUUACAGAUCCAUUCUCAUCUGUACAUUUAUGAUGGCUAUAUCUCUGACCUCUCCCCCAGCUCCCUCUUUCUCUCCAUCUCCAUCUCCAUCUCCAUCUUCAUGGCAGUACUCGAGCUGCAGAUUUUUCUCAGCCGAGAGAUCAGUAGUGGAAGAUAUGGUUAAUCACAAGCUCCAUACAGCGGCUGCGGAUGAUCGGAGCAGCAACGACGAUGGCGAUGAUGGCCAGGUGGUGGACAAGGCCCCAUCAGUAACGGCCGGCUACAGGUUGCGGAACAGGCCAGCCAAGCUCGUUCUUCCUCAAUUCCACCACCCAGCUCUGGAAUCGGAGAAGACGAAGGCGGAGAUGGCCGUGAUCAAGGAGUUUGAGGUUGAAGAGAGAGAAUACUGCUUGGCAAGCAGGAAAGGGAGGAGGGAUGUUAUGGAAGACUCCAACAGCAUCCUGCUCAAUGUUCUUGGAGAUCCUAAGCAGGCUUUUUUCGCUGUCAUCGACGGGCAUGGCGGCCGCGCAGCCGCCGAUCAUGCUGGCGAACAUCUGGGAAAGAACAUCAUAAAAGAACUCGACCAACUUGUCGCCGGAGCUGGAGAAUACGAGAUAAAGGCGGCGAUACAUGAAGGCUACUUGGCCACGGAUAAAGAAUUCCUCAGACAGGGUGUUAACGGAGGAGCUUGCGCCGCCGGCGUGCUCGUGAGGGACGGCCGCGUAUAUGCCGCGAAUGUGGGUGAUUGCAGAGUAGUCGUGGGUAGGAAUGGAGUAGCUUAUGGGUUGACGAUGGAUCAUCGGCUCAGCAGAGAAGAUGAGCGAUCUCGGAUUGAAAGCUCCGGUGGCUACGUAUUCUGCAAAAAUGGAGUGUGGAGAGUAAAUGGAUCACUGGCAGUGUCAAGAGCUAUAGGGGAUCGAUAUUUGAAGGAAUGGGUCAUUGCUAAGCCAGAGAUCCAGAUGCUGUCUUUAACUGCUGAUUGCCAGCUUCUCAUAUUGGCCUCCGAUGGGUUAUGGGAAAAGGUUAAUGAACAAGAGGCAGUUGAUGCAGUACUGGAUAACGGGAAGAAUUCAGUAGAGUCAUGUAAGAAACUUGUAGAAAUGUCACGAUCAAGAGGCAACACCGACGAUAUAACUGUCAUGGUGGUCGAUCUUCAACAGUUUAUGAUCAAUUAAGAGAAAAGUAAUAGCCUUUGUAGGAUUUCUUAAAAUUAGUAUAGUUAGUAGAAUAUUUAUGUUAAGUUAAGAAAUGAUCAGUUGUUUAAUUAGAUAUUCAGCGUAUAUGUGUAUAUGUACAUAUACCCAAUUAUUCUUGUACAUUUGAAGUUGAAAGGGUAUGAGAGAAGUUGAUUACUUGUUGAUA